AUGUCUGACUACUCCAAGUCAACUUCCAUUGUUAUCAUUGGGGCCGGCGUGUUCGGCCUCUCCACUGCCCUCGAACUCUCCAAGCGUGGCUAUGCCAACAUCACCGUUCUUGACCGUCGACUCCCUCCUGUUCCAGAUGGUUCCAGCGUCGAUGUCUCUCGCAUCAUUCGUCCUGACUACGCCGAUGUGUUCUAUGCUCGCAUGGGAUUGGAUGCCGUGAAAGGAUGGACUACCGAUUAUGCGCCGUUCUUUCAUCGCAGCGGUCUCUUGUGCGUGCAAUCGGAGGGCUCUACCCAGCAUACAUACCUUGAGCAGUCGAAGCAAAACCUGGAGAGCCUGGGAGCUAGUGUCACUAUUCAGACCUUCCAAGGCAAUGAGGCCACGAGCAGAUACCCGGGUAUCCAUGGUGAUCUUUCACGCACGCAAGGAUACUGGAACACCGAGUGUGGAUGGGCCGAUGCUGAGGGCAGCAUUACUCACCUGGCCCAGAAGUGCUCGAAGGCCGGUGUAUCCUUCAUGACAGGAAGAAAUGGAACCGUCCAAAACCUCAUCACUCGGGGUGAUUCAAAGACGAGCAAGAUAAUAGGUGUGAAAACAGAAGCAGGGACGAGCGUUUACGCGGACACUGUCAUCCUGGCCACGGGCGCCUGGACGCCACACCUGAUUGAUACGGGCGACCGGACGAUUUCGACUGGUCAACCGGUCGCCUUUCUGCAGUUGACUCCCGAGGAAGCGAAGGAAAUGCAGGAAUGUCCUGUCAUGAUUGACUUGAGCACGGGAUGGUUUGCCUUCCCUCCUACUCCUGGCACGAACCUGCUGAAAAUGGCCCGACAUGGCUAUGGGUUUGAAACGACCACAACCGCGUCGAAUCGACAGUCCAAUUCCUCUUUCUCCGCCCCUAAGAUGUCUUCUCAGUCACCUUUUCUACCGUCAGACGCAGAGAAAUCUCUGAGAGAGGGGUUGGCUCUGUUCUUUCCGCGGUUCAAAGACCGACCUUUCGUCCAGCGCAGGCUGUGCUGGUACACCGAUACUCCCAAGGGAAAUUUCAUUGUGGACUAUCAUCCGGAAUAUGAAGGACUGUUCCUGGCAACGGGCGGAAGUGGACAUGCUUUCAAAUUUCUACCGGUCCUGGGUCGUUAUGUGGCCGAUAGUUUCGAACGGAAGGCAUCGCAGGAGCAAAGGGAGAUAUGGGCGUGGACUGCAACUGCAAACCGUCUCUCGAAAGGAGAUGGCAGUCGAGGGGGACCUCCCAGAAGAGUACUUCGACCUGAGGAGCAGGCUUGUCUAUGA